GUCAGGGAGCGAAAAAUUUAUUGUAUUGUAAAAGGGAAAAUAGAAAAGUAUUUUCUUUGUUAUUUUCCAUAAGGAUGACAAAUUUGUCAUUCGUGUUUUUGGUUGGGGCCGCCGCRCUUUUAGUGCUCACAGACGGGCGCCCAAGUAAAYUGAGCUUUGAGGACGAAGAAUACGUUAACAGUGAGAUUGUCAAGAAAGGUGAAAUCAAAAGAAAAGAAGAAUCGCCUAAAUCUGCAGAGAAAACAGAAUCAAAAAAGGCUAAGAAGAAGCAGUUUGUUAUAGACGCCCUUCACGAAGGCCCAUACCACGGAGGUCAUGCCUGGGGGACUACAUCGGAGUGGCCAGGUUUUAGUACAGUCAAUACACCAUUUCCUGGCCAUGGUUUCGCUGAUACUUCUGGAGGUGGCUGGAAUGGGUACCCAAGCCUUGGKGCAUACAGAUCUAAAAUUCCUUCAGCUCUGAGUAAAAGAUGGUGGCCUGGKUAUAGUGGUGGAUGGGGAGGCUGGGGUGUAGGAAACACGGGAUAUCCCGGAUGGGGACCAGGCGCAGGUUACGGUCCCUUCCAAGGAGGUUUCCCUCCUUAUGGUGGACAUGGCUUUUUUGGCGGACCUGGUCAUGGUUAUUACCGAUCAGAUAUUCCACAGCCAGAAGAAACUGSUACUAAGAGAUGGUGGCCAGGAUACUCUGGCGGCUGGGGUGGCUGGGGAGUGGGUAACGCUGGUUACCCCGGAUGGGGGACAGGYUGGGCUCACGAAGGAUGGGAUCAUCCAGGGUUUUACGGUUGGGAUGGGGCAAAUGGCYUUGGUGGUCAUGGAUACUAUAGGUCUAUAAUUCCUAAGGCCCCUCAAACGGAGUCUCCAGUAGUUAGAAAUUUCGUAGCAGGUUAUAGUCCUGGCGUUUAUGGCUGGGGUGGGGUAACACACGGAUUACAUGGACCYUUUGGUGGACAUUUCGGAGGAUAUGGUGCAUAUGGACCCUAUGGGGGWCAUGGUGGACCAUAUGGGGCAUAUGGGGGACCAUAUGGUGGACCCUUUGGUGGGCACGGAGGACCAUUUGGAGCAUAUGGUGGACCAUAUGGCCCCUUUGGUGCGCAUGAUGGAGCAUUCCCCUACCUAGGAGUGGCACCUUUCUCGGGACCAUAUGGUAGUCACGGUGGAUUUUUUCCACCCGAUCACCCUCAAUCCUAUGCUGGACCUUUGGAAUUUGGUCCUUUUGGUGAACAUCCUAUCGUUUUAAACCGUCGCCACUUUUCACCUUUAAAGGAAAAGCCCAAACAGGAGAGUGCCAAAAGCAGGCAGGUCAUUGGUUAUCAUCCAGGAUGUUAUGGAUGGGGCGGUGUUGUGCAUCCAGGGUGUGGACCUGUAUAUGAUGGAGGUUGUGGUGGACAUUUUGGUUGUGGGGGUUGGGGUGGUUGGGGUGGUUAUGGUGGUUGUGGUGGUUGGGGUGGUUAUGGUGGUUGUGGUGGUUGUGGAGGUUGUGGAGGUUGUGGUGCUUGUGGAGGUUGUGGUGGUUGUGGAGGUUGUGGUGGUGGCUGCGGUGGCUGUGGUGGUUGUGGCUGUGGUGGAUGUGAUUGUAGGUCCAAAACACCAAAUAAAAAAAACAAGGCGAAAGACGUUAAAGCCAAAACCAGACAACAAAUUGAAAGUCCAUUGGAUGCUCUAUCUGGUCCAAGUAAUGAACUAAUCAACAUGUUUAACAACGCUGGUUUGCCAACAGAGCAAAAAGAAACCGAAACGUCUUCCCUUGUUCCAGGAAUCCAGGAAGACAUAACUCAACAAAUCGAAAAGUCCAAAAACGAAUUCCCUGAAUAUUCCAGUCAGUAUGCCAGUUCCGAUUUGGGAAGCGAUGAUAGUGAGGAAAUGCAAAACUUCCACUUCAACCCUGCAGGUGAAGGAACUGAAAUGAACAUCGGUGAUCAAUCAGCAAACCCACAAGAAGUCGAAGCRAACGCUUUUUCGCUGAUGACAGAUAGAGCUUCCCGAAGAGCCAAUAUCCCCAAACGUGAGAGCUCCAGGAUAAAGAAGCAAUCUGUUGCGUAUCCAUUGCAAUAUCUUGCAGGAGCACAGAUGCCUCUCUAYCAAACACCAUUGGCUCACCCAAUGAUUCCUGCUAUCCAACAUCUACCAUUGAUACCUCAUGUUCCAAUUGGUUAUCCUGCCCUGCUACCUCACUAUCCAUUCCCAGCGUUUCUGCCACAGGUUCGUCCAGCCCAUAAYAUUCACGUUGGAUCACCCAAUGUUAAAGUAGAUGUCCAGACCACGCGAACUCACGUGGCCAAAAGACCUGAAAAAGAUGAAAAAACAACCAAAACAUUGCGAAGGUUAGUAAGAGAUCUGGAAGAYGUUCUUGACGAUGAAAGCGAAAAGAAACAACCCGAAAAGACAAAGCGACAAGUUUUAAACUUUGGUUCCCAAGCUCAAGUACAGGCGGCCACGCCCUACCAAGCAGCAGCAGCUAGCAGAUUUCUUCUUCCGAAUGCAAGAAGAUUUCCCAUGGCACAAAUGCAAGCAUCAAUGCCAAUGCAGUUGCGAAGUUUCAGUGGCGUCACUCCAUUCCAAACCCCGCGCGCACCAUAURCUAUCCGUCAAGUCAUGCCUGCGAUGCAACGUUCUAGAACAAGUGAUCCACCACCCUUAUCGCCAGUGCAAAUCGCUAAAAUGGCGGGUAUCAGCAUUCCACUAGCAAUUCAACCGGGAUCGGGUUUAUUAGGCGCAACAAUCAAUUCAAGAAGAAAGCGCACAACCAAGAAGACUAAGCCAGCUCCAAAGAGUCCAAAGAGUGCAAAGAGUCAAAAGAGAUUUUUCCUUGCUUCACCAUCAGCGCUCAGUGGRCUUAUUCCAUCCAUGCGCGUUGCUCCAUCGUUACCWGUUKCUGGAUUUACAGCGCAUGCWCCACCUGCUAUUCCUCUUCCCAUCAUGCACACCCAGCCUCAAAUAGCUGCAAUGACAGCGGGUCCUAUUCCUUCUCAAUCUAGAUUAUCGAACUAUCCAAGUGUUUUGAGUUCAAUGAUGCAUCAACCCUUAAGCGGRUACCCUGUGGCGAGUUUGCCGUCAUCCAAUCCACCAAUGGUACCACCUUUCUUUUCUGCGUCUGCAAUGCCUUUGAAAUACAGCGCUCCUAGUGUACCCGUAGUUCGCCAGCAAGUUUCUGGAAUAGGAAGACAAGCAAUACCUCAGUUUACUCAGACUGGUUCCAAUUCCGCCUUAAUCAAAAAUUGGCUCACCAAUUUAGCACAAAACCAAGGAUACGGCAGACAAGAAGCUGCAGAAGCCAAUUUCCAAACCCCUUCGAUUGGACCACAAUUAUCAAUGUAUGCAGGGGAUGGACAAGCUACCUCUGAAGUGCCUAUAAGAAAUCUUGCUAAUUUUGUUCCUCAAAUACCUCGACAGCAGAACCCUUCAGCGCUACUUCAACCAGCCUUUGGACGAAAAAAGUCUGCAGUUCCAAGCGCAAAUUUGAAGAAACCAAAACACUAGUAUCAAAAUAGUGAUCUCUAAGCAGUAAUUAAUUAUACACGUAUGCGAUAUACAUAGUAGAAAUAUAAAUAGUUCAUGUCAGUAUUUAUACAGCAAAUUGAAGAAACUUUGUCCUAUUUAAAAGAUAGAUAAUAGAUAAUAGUCGCUGUAUACAUUGAGCUGAAGUAGUGUUGUCAGGUUAGGUAGAUUUAGAUUAUACAUCAGAGCUGAGGCAGCAAGYAUAAAAAUUGAAGUAAWSUUGUCACAUUGAAAAGGUAGAUCAUAGUUUCUACUYCAUAACUGGGGCUGYAUGCAUCAAAUUGAAGAAACUCAUGACGACCUCUCUUCAAGCUGGUGUAUGAUCAGAAGUCUAGUAAACGCCAUAGUUCGUAGUUCGACAGGAAUACYAAUAUGAURUAACAGACACCAAGUGUAUUUGCCAAAACUGGAUUCAAGACGCUUUCCAUUGAGGAAACUAGUUUAAAUGUAUUCAAACUUAUAGCGUGUACAAUAACUUGUAAUAAAUAUGACAUUUGUGAA